ACCAUGCCGCGAUCGUUCCUUGUCAAGAGCAAGAAGGCGCACAGUUACCACCAGCCGCGCUCCCCGGGACCCGACUACUCCCUGCGCUUGGAGAACGCCCCGGCACCCGGAGGAGCAGACAGCACCUCUAGCGCAGGCGGGGAGAAGGCGGAACCCCGGCAUCGUUUGUCUCUCGAGUCGCCCCUGAACGAGGCCCCCGAGCGAGCCUCGGCGUCCCCGGGCAGCUGUGAGAGCAGCCCGUGUGAUCGGAGCUCGGAGUUCGAGGAUUUCUGGAGGCCUCCUUCGCCCUCCGCGUCUCCAGCCUCGGAAAACUCUGUGUGCCCGUCGCUGGACGAUGCACAGCCCUUGUCCCUGCCCUUCAAGCCCUACUCGUGGAGCGGCCUGGCGAGUUCCGACCUGCGGCACGUGAUGCACAGCUACCGGCCGUGCGCGGCCCUGGAACGCGGCGCCGCUGGCCUGGGCCUCUUCUGCGAGCGGACCCCGGAGCCGGGCCAUCCCGCCGCGCUCUACGGGCCGGAGCGGGCCGUGGGCGGCGCGGGGGCCGGGGCGUCGGGGAGCGGCGGCGCGGGCGGCGGCGCGGCGGGCGGCGCCGGCCUCGGGCUCUUCGGCGACUUCGGGCCCGCGGCGGCGGCGGCCGGGCUGUACGAACGGCCGAGCGCGGCGGCGGCGAGCGGCGGGCUGUACCCGGAGCGCGGCCACUCACUGCACGCGGACAAGGGUGCCGGCGUCAAAGUGGAGUCGGAGCUGCUGUGCACCCGCCUUCUGCUGGGCGGCGGCUCGUACAAGUGCAUCAAGUGCAGCAAGGUCUUCUCCACGCCGCACGGGCUCGAGGUGCACGUGCGCAGGUCCCACAGCGGUACCAGACCCUUUGCGUGCGAGAUGUGCGGCAAGACCUUCGGGCACGCCGUGAGCCUGGAGCAGCACAAAGCCGUGCACUCGCAGGAACGGAGCUUUGACUGCAAGAUCUGUGGCAAGAGCUUUAAGAGGUCCUCUACACUGUCCACGCACCUGCUCAUCCAUUCUGAUACCCGGCCCUACCCCUGUCAGUACUGUGGCAAGAGGUUCCAUCAGAAGUCCGACAUGAAGAAGCACACCUUCAUCCACACUGGCGAGAAACCUCACAAGUGCCAGGUGUGUGGCAAGGCAUUCAGCCAGAGCUCCAACCUCAUCACCCACAGCCGCAAGCACACGGGCUUCAAGCCCUUCGGCUGCGACCUGUGUGGGAAGGGCUUCCAGAGGAAAGUGGACCUUCGCCGGCACCGCGAGACACAGCAUGGCCUCAAAUGA